AUCCUCUUUCCAUUUGCUGUUGCUUUUUUUUCGCUUUCCUUUCAAAGUUUCGCUUGCUUGCUUGUACUCUUUUGAAAGAAACUUUUUAACAUGGCACUCGUGCAAGUGCUUCAACAUGUCUGCUCUGUGUUGAGCAACAUGGAGGUUCAAACCUAUGAGUUUCAACCCUUCGACAUUCCCCACUUGACCGAUGAAGAAAACGAAAUGGUACAUCUCACAAACUCGUUAUUGGACAGACUGGCCCGAAAACAAGCUAGUCAAGAUCGAUUUGAAAAUAUGAAAGAAACUGAGCCUCCAUCAAAAAAAAUCCGCUUCUACGAAUCUCCAACCGCCACCGCUAUUGUGCUCACUCCUGAGGAAAUGAGAUAUCAAGACUCGCAGGGUCGAGCCAGUUGGAUAUCAAAUAAUGGAGCUGGAUAUUUCGCUUUGCCAACCAGUGAUGAUACCUCAUCCAUGGUAUCGCCGCCAGAAUUAAUUAUGUCUCCGCCUGCUUCCUUUUGUUGUACUCAAUGUAUUCAACAAGCUGCUGCUGUCGCCACGGAAAUUCGGAAUGGUCGAUUGAAUUGUCGUAUCAGCUGCGAUAAUCAUGGGGCCUCAUCUCAAUCACAAGCUCUUAAGGUUGCUGUUAAUGCUAUGUCAGAUCACUUGGAACGAAUUAUUUUGGAAAUAAUCCGCGUCGUUCGCGAAGCUGCCGUCGAGGGCAAACUCGGUGGUCAAGCUAUUGUUGACAAAGACGAUGCAAAGGGAGUCUGGAACCAAAUGAUUACCAACCUUAACGUCAUGGCCCGCAAUCACAGUGAACAAGUCCGAGACAUUGCUGAAGUGUCAACAGCUGUAGCUUUGGGAGACCUUAGCAAGCAAAUCACAGUUGAAGUUACUGGCGAAACACUACUACUCAAGAAUACAAUCAAUACCAUGGUCAACCAACUCAAUCUUUUUGCCUCCGAAGUGACUAGAGUCGCUCACAUGGUGGGUACAGAAGGCACUUUAGGCGUUCAAGCCAAGGUUCAAGGCAUUGGAGGAACAUGGAAACUACUCACGGAUAACGUCAAUACCAUGGCUGCUAAUCUAACGGCUGAUGUCCGAGAUAUUGCUACGGUCUGUAAGGCAGUGGCUAGAGGUGAUUUAACCAAGAAAGUCACCGUCGAGGUCAAAGGUGAAAUACUAGAACUCAAAAAUACUAUAAAUACAAUGGUCGACCAACUUCAGACAUUUGCAACGGAAGUCACGCGUGUUUCACUGGAAGUCGGCACCGAAGGAAAACUAGGGGGUCAGGCUGUGGUGAAGAACGUAGGCGGCACCUGGAAAGAUCUAACUGAUAAUGUCAAUCUUAUGGCGUCCAAUCUAACGAAUCAAGUGCGAGACAUUGCUAUGGUGUGUAAAUCCGUGGCAAGAGGAGAUCUAUCACAGAAGGUUACGGUCAACGUACAAGGAGAAAUUUUAGAGCUGAAAAACACAAUGAAUACCAUGGUUGAACAACUGCGAAUGUUUGCUGCAGAAGUCACUCGUGUCGCCAACGAAGUCGGUACAGAAGGCAAACUGGGUGGUCAAGCCGUCGUAAAUAACGUCGGCGGUACCUGGCAAGAUUUAACCGUUUCAGUCAACACUAUGGCGGCCAAUUUGACAGCUCAAGUGCGUGAUAUCGCCAAUGUCUCCAAAGCUGUCGCUCGUGGUGAUUUGACCAAGAAAGUUACUGUCAAUGUUGAAGGCGAAAUUUUGGAUUUGAAGGAAACCAUCAAUACCAUGGUGGAUCAGCUGCAAACCUUCGCAACCGAAGUCACUCGUGUUUCUCUAGAAGUCGGUACAGAAGGCAAACUUGGAGGUCAAGCCGUCGUAAAAGAUGUCGACGGUAUCUGGAAGGAUUUAACCAACAAUGUCAACAUUAUGGCUUUUAAUUUGACAACCCAAGUCCGAUCCAUUGCUGAAGUCACCAAAGCAGUUGCCAACGGUGAUCUGUCCAAAACUAUUUCCGUGGAUGUUGGAGGAGAAAUAUCUGAUCUUAAAACAACCGUCAAUAUCAUGGUGGAAAAACUUCGAAUGUUUGCAGCCGAAGUCACUCGUGUCUCUAAGGAAGUCGGUGUUGAAGGCAAACUGGGUGGUCAAGCGUUUGUACCAUCGGUGGGUGGAACUUGGAAGGAUCUGACUGACAAUGUCAAUAUCAUGGCCAGUAAUCUUACCACUCAAGUCCGUUCCAUUGCUCAAGUUACUAAAGCGGUAGCCGAUGGAGAUCUCAGUAAGAAGAUUGAAGUAGAAACGAGAGGCGAAAUUUUGGAUCUUAAGAACACUGUCAAUAACAUGGUCGAUCAAUUGAACGUCUUCUCGGCCGAAGUGACCAGGGUUGCCAAGGAAGUCGGUACAGAAGGAAAACUCGGUGGUCAAGCUGUCGUACCAUCCGUAGGAGGAACAUGGAAAGAUUUGACUGACAAUGUCAAUAUGAUGGCGGGUAAUCUUACCACUCAAGUUCGUUCCAUCGCUCAGAUCACAGCCGCUGCUGCUGAAAAUGAUUUCUCUCGUCUCAUUACUGUUGAAGCUUCUGGUGAAAUGGACAGUUUGAAAACGAAAAUCAAUCAAAUGGUUUACUCACUUCGAGAUGCUAUUCAAAAGAAUACUCUGGCUCGUGAAGCAGCUGAACUAGCCAAUAGAAGUAAGAGUGAAUUCUUGGCCAACAUGAGUCACGAAAUCCGUACCCCAAUGAACGGUAUCAUUGGUAUGACAACGCUCACUUUGGAAACAGAAUUAUCUCGUCAACAACGUGAAAACCUGAUGAUCGUCAGUUCUCUUGCGUUAAACCUUCUUACUAUCAUUGACGAUAUCCUUGAUAUUUCCAAGAUUGAAGCAGGAAGAAUGACGAUUGAAUCUAUACCAUUUAAUCUACGAUCCACCAUCUUCUCUAUUCUCAAGACUCUGUCUGUAAAGGCUAGCAGCAAGAAAUUGGAUAUGACGUUCGAUGUUGACUCGGAUGUACCUGAUCAUUUAUUGGGAGAUCCUCUCCGUACAAAACAAGUCGUUAUCAACUUGGUAGGCAAUGCCGUCAAAUUCACAAGCGAAGGAAGCGUUGAUGUUCGUGUUUGCGUAGUAGGUGAUGCUGGCAUCACUGAUGGACGAAUCACGCUUCAAUUUUGUGUCACCGAUACUGGUAUCGGUAUUCCUGAAGAUAAAUUAUCAUUGAUCUUUGAAACAUUCUGUCAGGCGGAUGGUGGUACUACACGACGAUUUGGAGGAACCGGUCUUGGUUUGACUAUCAGUCGAAGAUUAGUAGAACUGAUGGGUGGACGAUUAUGGGUAGAGAGUACCUAUGGAAAGGGAUCGAAAUUCUACUUCACACUGCCAGUCGCCGUAGGCAGCAACCAGUUUGAAUCUCUAGAACAACGGCUAGCACCGUUCCAAGGACGACAAGUUCUCUUUAUUGAUAGCUUGGGAUUACCGGAAAGCAACACUUUCAUGGAGCAAAUCCAGCAGCUUAAAUUACGACCCGUUCGUAAAACAAACGUUCAAGCAGUGGCCAAACAUACCAUCCCUGGAGGAACGGGUGGACCUAUUUUGCGGGAGACGGGUGACCCAAUUGAUAUGAUUGUUUUGGACGAAUUAUCGCUUGCUACCAAAGUUCGGGAACUGAGCCAUAUUCGCUACACGCCCAUUGUGGUGGUCGCCAAAACGUUACCGCCUCUGAACAUCAAGAUGUCCAUUGAUCUGUCUAUUGCCAGCUACGUCAAUGCCCCUGCAACACUGCUAGACAUAUCCACCGCCAUGCUUGUCGCACUGGAGAGUAACGCCGCUCUUCAAGGUGAUUCUUCCACAUCUGUCCCACUCACCAUUCUUCUUGCCGAGGACAACAUUGUCAACCAAAAGCUGGCGACUAGAAUAUUAGAAAAGUUUGGUCAUAAAUGCGAAAUUGUUUCCAACGGCAAACUGGCCGUUGAAGCUUUCCAGAACAAACGAUUUGAUUUGAUCUUGAUGGAUGUCCAGAUGCCCAUUAUGGGAGGAUUUGAAGCAACGCAAAAAAUUCGAGAGAUUGAACAAAAUGCUGCUACUGGAGAGCGGAUACCUAUUAUAGCGCUAACGGCCCAUGCUAUGAUCGGAGACCGAGAAAAAUGUUUAUCCAUUGGAAUGGAUGAAUAUGUUACCAAGGUAAAUAUCCACAUUUCAGAAGGUGGAAAGAAUGAUUCAAAACUAACUCCGUUGUACAUAGCCCCUCAAGUUCCCUGAACUUAUUGCCGCCGUCAAUAAGUUUGCACCCAACCGUCAAUACGGUAGUCGUAAUGAAGAAUUCGGAAACAUUUAAUGAUAACAGCAGUGAAUUGCUUGCACUUUACAUUUUUAAAAGCAAU